CAAACCUAUCUGGGAUCGAGGGAGGGCCGGGUGCAGUGUGGGCCCCGCCCCUUCCGGCUGUGCCUCGUCUCCUAGCAACGGUCUGACGCCUCCCGAUUUACUCCGCUGCUUUUUGCUGCUGCAAACGCACCCUUCUACCAUGUUCAGUGCUUCCAAGCAGUGCUCUGGUGCGCUCCUGCCACCGCCUGAGGCUAUUCACAACCUCUGCGCCUGGCUGGACCGGCUUCCACUCAGCCGCCCCAAGCGCCACCUGGCUCGGGACUUCAGUGAUGGUGUGCUGGUGGCCGAGAUUGUGAAGCACUUCCACCCUCGGCUGGUGAACUUGCACAGCUACGUCCCAGCCUGCAGUACAGACCAGAAGUUAAGCAACUGGAGCCUUCUCAACAGGAAAGUCUUUCAAAAGCUGCACUUGUGUAUCUCAGAGACCGAUAUCCAAAAGGUGGUGUCCAACAAGCCUGGGGUUAUCGAGUCUAUCUUGUGUUCACUGAAGGAGAAAAUAGAGGCCGGCACUGCUCACGGAGGCCCGGCUGGUGCAGCUGAUCCAGGCCUCUCCAGUGUGAAUGCUGUCCAGCCGUGGGGAGGGCUUAGCACCCACUCGCAUACCACUAGGACUCAAAAUCUUAAUGUUGAUAAUAGCAGCUCAUCAGAGCCCCUCUGGGACUACUAUGGAGAACGCCGCUACAUUCCUGAAGGCUGGACACAUGACAAUCACGAGCUCACAAAUCUUCAAAAGAGGGCAGGCCCACAGAGCCCUCCAGUCCCCGUCAGCACGAAGACCCUUCAGAAUCCAAGGGAUCUGGAGAAAAUGGGCUGCUGUGCUUGCAGAGGGGACCCAGUGGAAGGGCUCUGGGAUCACCUGGCCAUCAUCCAGCAGCAGCUGGAGGAUAAAGAACAGGCAAUAGCCAUUCUGCAGGAGACAGUCAAGCCCAGCUCUCCCCACAGCCGCCCAGGCGUAUAUGCUGACCAAGGGAACUAGCUCUUCAUUGGAGACACAGAGAGGAAACAGACCAGCUUGUCAUUUAAGGGUUGACCCUCAACUGGCCAUUUAAGGGUUGACACUCAACUGGCCAUUUAAGGUUGAGUACCACUUGUAAGUGGCCACUAGGUGAGAAACACAACUUUGGAGUUGAAGAGACACCGGGAGUCAAAGGAGAAAUAUGUGGUGACCGGAUGUAUCAAGCAUGUGGCUGGGCCUCAUGGAAAGGAUUCCAUGGCUGGGCCUAGCCACAGCUCCCUGACUUUUGGUUUGUCACUAACUAAGGAGUUGUAGGAAGGUAUCUAGGAAAUAGGCUUUAUAUACUGGCUAUAGACAGUGUCGCACCCCACAAAGCCAAGGAGGGACCUUGUCUUGUAUUGUCCGAUGUGAGGCUGGCUCCCUCCCCACCUGGCUCCUUCACACUACCUGGGAAUGAGACAGAUCCCAUUUUUCUGCUUGAGGAGUAUGAUGGGUGUCUAUGUUUCUGAUAAGAUAAGGUUUGGGACAAGGUCAUUCUUGAAACAGGCAGGGAGAAAUCACAGAUACCUGAGCCGAUCAGUCCCCUGUUGGGUUCAUAGCAGAGAAGGCUCCUUCCCUGCCCUGCCCUGCCUUGCCCUGCCCCGCCCUGCCCUGCCCUGCCCUGCCCUGAAUCUAGUCUUUCUAGUUGACACAGAGGGAGUAGACAGAGAGAUCAGGGAGAUCCCAGCAGGGAACAGGAGGAAAACCCAGUCCUUCCUGGCCUACCAGCCCACUACGCACCACACCUCAGGCUCACUGACUGUAGAAUCUUCCCCAAGGAUCCUGGUGUUCAUCUUUCUCAGUGCUCCCACAAAGGGCCUUUGAUCCAGCCCCCAGUCGUGAGACCUAGGCUUGGGGGACUAACUGGUAUGUAGGGGGCAUCUCUGGCUACGUUCAGACUUGUGUACUUUCUGAAGAUUUUGCAGAUGAAGGUGAUGAGGUUGGAGUAUCUGGUACAGCUGAAGGACCAACGGAUCGGGGAGCUGAUGAGAUCUGGGCCUGAGGAGCGUCAGAG